AUGCAUGAGCCGGCGGCAUGGCCGGCGGCCCGGCCGCCGGCCAUGCCGCCGGCCGUGCCGCCGGGCAUGUGUGGAUGCGCCAUUAGGGAUAUUGCUUCUGUGUUCAACAUAGCAUCAACAGAAAUUGAGAGAAAACUGAAGAAUUUAUCUAGCCAUUAUUUUCGAGAAAAACGCAAAUUUGAAGAAUCUAAAAGGAGUGGAUCUGGACGGGAUGAUGUUCAAUUGCCGAAAUGGUUUGCUUAUAAGGCGUUAUCAUUUCUUAAUGACAAGAAUGCACCGGUACCGACUCUGAACAGCCACACACCUAGUUCUUCUCAAGAUAAUAUCACUCCCCAGACUACGCUACCUUCGACAAGGACUUCACGAAAGCGAAAUAUAGAGAGAGAACCUGAAGUUGAUGAAGCUUUGCAAUUACUGAGGGAGAUCACGUCUAAUGCAAGGCAACGCGAUGAUGCUGCUAUAUUUGCAGACUAUAUAAGUAGCAAGUUGAGGAAGAUGGAUCAUUACACGAUGUGUACAGUACAACAUCAAAUCCAGAAUAUUAUCUAUGAAGCAGAAAUGAGAAUGGGUUCGAUGAAUUUUGAUACUAGUAAUGGCGCAUCCACACAUGCCCGGCGGCACGGCCGGCGGCAUGGCCGGCGGCCGGGCCGCCGGCCAUGCCGCCGGCUCAUGCAUCUUUUACCUGCGGCACGCGCGGCUUUUGGUGCCGGCGGCAGUUUGCUUGCGGCUUCGAUACGGAGUGGUAGUGUUGUCGUAUUCAUUUAA